ACAUCCGGGUCCUUAGGUUUCACACUCCUCGCGCCGGCUGGUGUUUCUCCGGGCUGAGUGAAGGGUGUUCCCGCUGUUCCAGCGUCGGAAGAGCCGGUGGGUCCGCAGGUUUGAACUUAUUGUCCUGGAAGCUGUGCAUCACUAUAAUGAGACUUGUAAUUCUUGAUAACUAUGACUUGGCUAGUGAAUGGGCAGCCAAAUACAUCUGUAAUCGCAUCAUUCAAUUCAGACCCGGACAGGACAGAUAUUUUACACUGGGUUUGCCAACAGGGAGUACACCUUUAGGAUGUUAUAAAAAACUAAUAGAAUAUCACAAGAAUGGAGACCUUUCUUUUAAAUAUGUGAAGACCUUUAACAUGGAUGAAUAUGUAGGACUUCCCAGAAAUCAUCCUGAAAGCUACCAUUCUUAUAUGUGGAAUAACUUUUUUAAGCAUAUUGAUAUAGAUCCUAAUAAUGCUCAUAUCCUUGAUGGGAAUGCUACAGAUUUACAAGCAGAAUGUGAUGCAUUUGAAAAGAAAAUAAAAGAAGCUGGAGGAAUUGAUCUUUUUGUUGGAGGAAUUGGUCCAGAUGGUCAUAUUGCUUUCAAUGAGCCAGGAUCCAGUUUAGUAUCAAGGACAAGAGUAAAGACUCUAGCAAUGGACACCAUUUUGGCAAAUGCUAAAUAUUUUGAUGGAGAUUUAUCAAAAGUGCCAACUAUGGCUCUAACAGUUGGUGUGGGGACAGUGAUGGAUGCUAGAGAAGUAAUGAUCCUCAUAACAGGUGCACACAAGGCAUUUGCUCUCUACAAAGCAAUAGAAGAAGGAGUCAAUCACAUGUGGACUGUUUCAGCUUUCCAGCAACAUCCCCGAACUAUUUUUGUAUGUGAUGAAGAUGCUACUUUAGAAUUAAGAGUUAAAACUGUGAAAUACUUUAAAGUUAAUGUCAUCAGCCAAGAAACAUGGAUUACAGUGCCUUCAAGUACAUUGUCUCAUGUGUUGUUAUACCCGAAAGAAGUACAAGUAUCCCUGCCUGAAAGUAGUUGGCAUUCUUCAUAAAACUGGCUCACUAAGUGAUUCGAGAAAAUAAAAUGUAGCUCCAUGAAGGUUUAAUGCAUGUGCACAAUAAACUUGUGGAUCCACUGUACAGUAUGAAAGAAGCAAAUUGAAAGAGACUGGAUCAAAAUUCUGCUUGAAUGAACAGAACACUUUUAUACAUAGAUGAAUUUUCAGCUAUGCAAUAUGAUAAAACUUGGAGAAUUUUUGAAUAUUGUCAUGUUUGAAGUCUAAUAUCUAUAUGUUAAACAUUCCAUAUUUACAAUGUGUCCAUUUUAUACUAGGGUUUAGACGUCAUUGGCUCUCACAGUUCAUCAGCUAGUUGUUACAGAAGCCACAGUCACUCUGUUACAUAGCACAGAAAUGAAAUGUCUGCCUGUUUACAAAUUUUAAGUCAUUUUAAAGGUGACAGUUCUGUACAUAAAGUACCAUGUAUAUGACUCCAGUGGCAUUAUUAGAUUUUAAUUUUUUAAUCACAGGAAGACACUCCAAGCCUUUCAGGUAUCAAACCACUAUCAUUGCAAGCCUUUACUUCUGGAAUGCUAUCUUUAUAUUCUCUCUGCACAAGCUUUCUGCACGUGGUUGCCUUAGUCAUCUUCCUGCAGUAGCAUCUGGACAUCAAAAGUCCUGCUAUAUAUUGUUGGUACAGAAAAUCUGAAGAGACUGCAGUGCCUAAAAGUACAGUUUACAUCCUUUUGGAAAGUAUAUAUAAGUGCAUGUUUUUUUGUGCACCACCUUCUGUAGCACUUUUUUAAACAAAUGUGCUCUUAUUUUUAGUUAACGACUUGGGUUCAUGCACUUAAUUUAAGUAUUUUAGCAAUUAGGAGCUUUACACCUAGCAACACAUUUAAGGAAAUUAUUUUUUUUGAAGAAAAUUUUCUGAUUAUCCUUAAACUUCAUAAAUGGUUAGCUUUAUUCCUUACAUAUAUAUAAUGUCUAAAAAGAUCGUAUGAUGA